AUGGCGGACGCAGAAGAAACCUUACGUAGAUUAUUGGAGGAAAUAUUAGACGAAAUGAAUUAUAAACCUCGGGAAACCGAAAUCAAAGCGAUUGAAAGCGGUGGAGCGAACUUUACAUCAGUCCUUUUUUUAAUCAAUAUAUCAUGUCCGAAUCGAGAGGACCUAAAAAUGUUUGCGAAAGUUGCUUGCGUGGGAGAAAAAAUGCGUAGUAGAAUGAUUGGAGACUGGCUCUACGACACUGAGAGAUUUGUUUACACGAGACUGCUUAAAGUUUACAAUGAUAUUGAAAACAAAAUGAAUGUGUCAGAUGAACACAAAUUUAGAUGCCCAAAAUUGUACGGUUAUAACGCCGAAAAAGGUAGAGAGACUGUGGUAAUGGAGAACCUAGUUGAGAGUGGUUAUCAACCGUUUAGCAGAUUCGAAUCAUUGGAUUGGGCGCAUGCUAGCGCUGCAAUCGAGAAUUUGGCUAAAUUCCAUGCGCUAUCAUUUGCUUAUGCGAAACACCAUCCUGACGAAUUCGAAAAACUCAUAGUUGAUUUGAAAUUUAGGAUAGUUUCAGGAGGCCAAGAUGAUGACUUGUGGCAGAAAUUGAUUGCGUGUUCAUUGGCGGCGGUAGAGCAAGAUCUUCAAGGUCGUCUAAUCAAAGUGAUGGAGGAUUGUGCAGAUGAUUCGGCUAAAUACUACAGACCAAUCGGUCAACCUGUUAUAGUGCACGGAGAUUACAGAUGUAGCAAUAUUCUGUUCAGGAAACAGGGUGUCAUCGUUGAUGCUGUUUCUAUCGACUAUCAAACGGUUCACUCGGGAACUCCGGCUCUCGAUAUCAUUUACUUUAUAGUUUCGAGUACAGACGAAGAGUUCAGAAAGCAGUAUUUCGAUGAGUUACUGGUUCACUACUACACGAAGUUAGAGGAAGCUCUGAAGAGGCUGUCGGUGGAUCCAUCAGAAGUUCUGCCGUAUUCUAUUAUUCUUGGAGCAGUAAUAUUGCCCAUGAUAACAGCUGAAGGUGAUAGUAUUCCAAAAGUAGAUGGUGACGUCAAAGAUUUCAUACCGACACCAAACGAACUGAGCGUUCAGAGGUUCAGAGGAAUCGUUAACGACUGUGUUAAGUGGGGUGCUAUUUAA